UGCUGUGAUAUAGAUUAAUCAUUAAUUAAUACUAAUUAACACCGAUUCUGGACAGUUCAGUGAUUUACAUUUUUAUUUGCAAAUCAAAUGAAAAAAAACGAGACGUCUCCCAGCUCUCUACGACAUUUAUUCAAUCUAUAGAGUAGCAUUUAAUUUAUAGAAGGCCCUAUGGGCCUACUUUCAUGUUUUUCUUCACCAAAGCUGGCGAACAAUUUUUGGGCCCACUGUCGGUUUAAGUGGCGAAGUAUUUAAUACACAAAAGCCGCUGUCAAGCGUCAUUAAGUUUCCUAUUAACAAAUGUUGCGGAGCUUCUCAAGGCGCAUCGAAUGAUGCACGAAUGGUUGGAGAUCCUCCUUAGUUUCAUAGAGAAAAGUGAUCAAGAGUGUCUUUGGCAUAACCACGACCCAUGGAAAAGUCUAGUAUUAAACUUAUAAAACCUGCUGUCAGGCUUCGUUAAGUUUCCUAUUAACAGAUAUUACAGAGCUUUUCAAGAGCUAUUUUUCUAUACUAAAGACUAGUUGCAUCCUCUCUUAUCUAUGGGUGUAAAUUGGCUAAAACAUCAAGUGUAUUCACUUUUAGGUGUUUCCGGGCUCAUAUUUGACCUAUAAAGGAUUGAGCCAAUUAUACGUAGGGUUUGUUUAGUCAGAAUGUUGCAUAGUUUUCCAAGAGCUAUUUUUCUAUAUGAAGCUUUACCGGAACUUUAUAUUAGAUUUUGAGGAAAAGCGUUUUUGUUAAACACCGAUAUGCUUUAUGUACCUCCUCGAAAAAGUUGUUUUAAAAAGUCCCUAUAAUGUUGUAAUGGUUGAUAUGCAGUUCAAAAUGUGUAAAAUCGUUUUCUCUACAAUAUGUGACCAUAACGAAGUUGAAAAAGCAGUGGGCCAAAUGCAGUGGGAAAGCGGGCCCCUUCCUUUGAUUGUAUUUAUGACUUUCAUCCAAGAAUGUGCAUGAAGAGUCAUUGUGACCUUCUGUAGUCGUACAUAGUCUCUAGCUUUUACCUGCUUUUGUUUAAAUAAUUUUUCCUAAAUAUUGUUUUGGAUUAUAGAAGAGAAAGAGAAGAAAAGGUUUGAAGAUAUUUCUCUUCACUAUACUUUUAUUCUAAUUGAUUGCAUUUUCAUAAUGAUUUAUACAUUUUUGCACAGAUAAUUGCAAACAUCAAAAUUUCCAACCGCCACACUGAAACGGUCGAGAUAAACGUGUUGCAGAGGGAAAAGGAAACAAAAAAAGUUGCGGUAAAAUACCGGAAAAACUUGAAAAAAGUUUGUUUUCUCUCUCCGUCCGAAUCUUCGUCACUCUAUGAUUGAGAAUGGAGGCAAGGAAAACAAGAAACUUUUGAAGUCCACAAAUCCGAACAAACAUCUCAAUCAAUACUUCGAAUAGACCUUUUUUUCUUUUUAUUUUAAAUAAUUUUAUCUUCACCUCUUGCUCUCUCACUCUUCUAUACGUCCUCUUAGUAUUAUUAGAAAUAUAGUUGCCUUAAAAUUAUCCAACUGACAACCGUACAAGAUCAUCGUCAUUAUAUUUUUAUUCUCAUUCUUUUACGUACAGCUAUACUAGCGUCUUGUAUAUAUAUCGUUUUUCUUUUUCUGUUGUUGUAAAGAAGAUUUACUAGAAAAGUGUUUCUCAAACGUUUUGUUGAUGUAAAUAUUUUUCUGAAUCCAUCAAGGUAAUAUAAUGCGAAAACAGAAUAGGAAGGAAUAGAAUGAUCACUCAUGCUGCAAUACGGAGUUGCACACUGCAACUAGAACAAUUAAAAGCAAAAAUUUUAAAACGAAAACUAGAAAUAGCUAUAAAUAAGGCAAUAUAUGUACAAUGAAAGAUCAGAGACCAGUGAUUUCCGAUUAGAACACUCUGUUCAUGAUAUGGUCUAAGCCGUUCAACGUGAAUCGGACUUAAAACAGCACCAUCAUCUUCAAAUAUUAGCUCAUAAUCUAGAGGACCGACUUUUCUCGCGAUACGAUAAGGACAGAUGAAUUUAGCGGCCAGCUUGGUCGCCCAUUUACCUAAAGCGGAACCAGCGGUAUUUGCCAUCAAAACCUUCUCGCCUACGGCAAACUGAGCAUUUUUACGAUGUAAAUCGUAGGAUGAUUUUUGAUUUUCUCGAGCUAUUUCAAGAUUCUCUUAAGACGAUUCAUGCGCAGACUCUAAAAUUGCUUUCAGACUUUCCGUAUAGGCCCGUCUGAUCUCAUCGAAUGAUUUUAAUUCAUCAAGAACAUCAACUUCGGAUCAUACAUUAAGUCCAGAGGCAAUUUAAGUUCCCGGCCGGUACAUUAAAAAUGCAGGAUUUUGACCUGUCCAUUCAUUUAUGACUGCUCGGACGACUAAGGCUAGCUGUGGCAAUCGAAUAUCCCAAGAUUCCUCAUGAUUUUGGUCUUGGUGGAAGAUAUCGAAAGCAAAAAUGUCGAAAAGGAAAAUGUCGAUAAAAAAAGAGCAAAACGUCGAAGAGGAAACUGUAGAAGAACAAAAUGCCGAAAAGUCGGAAGCGGAUAAUGGAAGAAGGAAAGUAUCGAAAGGCAAACGCCGAAAAGGAGGAGAUUUCUUUCUGUUCCCUGAAAAUCAAAAGUUUUCAAAGGAACAGAAAGAAAUCUCGUUCUUUUCGGCGUUUUCCUUUCGAUACUUUCCUUCUUCCAUUAUCCGCUUUCGACUUUUCGGCAUUUUGUUCUUCUACAUUUUCCUCUUCGACGUUUUGCUCUUUUUUUAUACGUAGGUGAAGUUAGCAGCAGAUUGCAGUAUUUUACAAAAACAUUCAGUCUGACAACUGUGCCAACUUCGAGCAUCGCUGUGCCAGACGCCAAAUAGAAUUUCCCAUCGGCUGACAUGUUCAGCUUUCAGCCAUAUUAUACAGAAAAGUUCUAAAAAACAAACUACGGAUUUUUCUCACGCAAAAAAGACAUGAAAAUUUAUAUUUCAAUAAAACAUUCGCACUGAGAACUGUGCCAACGAAACCAUCUCAUGUGCCAGACAGAACCCGCCGAGCUGCAUCGAAUCGUGCGUCUUACAAGGAUAUAUCCCAAUGCCCAUCGUUCAAAAUAUUUCAAAAACUCCUUUUUAAGGCGGUUUCUGACAGUAUUUCUCGAAAAUAUUCGCUCUCAAACCUGUGCCAAAUGUGAUCAAUAGUUGAACAGAUAGAUCUCGAGGAGCUCUAUCCAGUCGUAUAUCUUACAAGGAUACGUCUCAGUGUCCAUCGUUCAAAAUAUUUCAAAAACUCCUUUUUAAGGCGGUUUCUGACAGUAUGUCUCGAAAACAUUCACUCUCAAGCCUGUGCCAAAUGAGACAAAUACUUCAACAGAUAGAUCUCGACGAGCUCUGUCCAGUCGUGUAUCUUACAAGGAUAUAUCUCAAUAUCCAUCGUUUAAAAUAUUUCAAAAACUCGUUCUUAAGGCGGAUCUGACAGUAUUUCGGAGGAGUGAAUUUGUUGAACCUGAGAGAUUCUGCGAAUACUACGAAGAUAAAGUAUAUUUUCAUGAAAUAUUAGCAAUACAAUUUAUCUAACUUCGUAUAAUAAAAAGACCCUAUUCAACUUUUAAAAACACUUUUAGAUGUCUCUAACACAUUGAUCAUCUGGAAAACUCGAAAAGUGUCCGCCGUCGGCAAAGCUGUAUAUGUCUCUAAACUGUAAGACAGAGUGGGUGCAACAUUAAUAUAUGUAAGGUGUAAUGCGUCACCAGCUUGUUGAAAAGCAUAGUGCAAAAAGCGAUAUUAUCUGCUUUGUGCUCAUCCCUUUCUUACAUCAUCUUCGUCCUUUAUUUAUAGGUCUAAAUCCUGACUCAUCAACAUUCUUUCAAUUACCAAUUGAUCUUAUUGCUGCCAGUUUAAAUAUAACAACGGCUCAAGCAAGAUCAUUAAGAGAUCAUCUACCUGCUGCACCAUUACAAACUGUAGCUAGUUGUCGAGUAUAUGGUAUACCCUGUAUGUGCGCUGACAUGUAUGUGGAUGAGACAUGGAGUUUUAAACGAAGGAUAAAAGAACAUUUUAAAAAACUGCAACAAAGAGAUGCGAAGGGCUCAGAAUUGGCACAGCAUCACGAAAAUGGUACCGCAUGUUUCACAGAUUUUGAAAACAGUAUGAUUUUUGAUAAAGAAAAGAACUGGAAUAGAAGAAAAACACUAGAGACAGUGUAUACCAUAGCAAAUUUAGGUUAUAAUCGAUGCAAACAAAUUAGUCCACAAUGGAAAUCUACUAUUAAACAGUGGAUUGAACCAAGAUCAGGAGAACCGUUUUUUCCAGAAACAGAAUAG